CCAGUGCCCGCCCCCUUCUCCUGCGCCACCUCUCUUCCCCCCCGUGUGCCCUCCCCUAACCCCCCCACCUCCAGUUCGGCCGACCCGGGGGCUUCAGGAUCUGGGCGCUAUGAAAAGUGUCUGCCCAGUCACUUCCGGUUUUUCUUCCCCCAAUCCCUCAGCUGCUGCUGCUGCUGCUCAGGAGAUCAGAUCUGCCACUGAUGGUAAUACCAGCACCACUCCGCCCACCUCUGCCAAGAAGAGAAAGUUAAACAGCAGCAGCAGUAGCGGCAGUAACAGUAGUAACGAGAGAGAAGACUUUGAUUCCACCUCUUCCUCCUCUUCCACUCCUCCUUCACAACCUAGGGAUUCGGCGUCCCCUUCCACCUCGACCUUCUGCCUCGGGGUUCCAGUGGCUGCUUCCAGCCACGUACCGAUACAGAAGAAGCUGCGUUUUGAAGACACCCUGGAGUUUGUAGGGUUUGAUGCGAAGAUGGCUGAGGACUCCUCCUCCUCCUCAUCAUCAUCUUCACCAACUGCUGCAACAUCUCAACAGCAGCAGCAGCAGCAACUUAAAAAUAAGAGUAUAUUAAUCUCUUCUGUGGCUUCAGUGCAUCAUGCAAAUGGCCUAGCCAAAUCUUCUACCACCGUCUCUAGCUUUGCUAACAGCAAACCUGGCUCUGCUAAGAAGUUAGUGAUCAAGAACUUUAAAGAUAAGCCUAAAUUACCAGAAAACUACACAGAUGAAACAUGGCAGAAACUGAAAGAAGCAGUGGAAGCUAUUCAGAAUAGUACUUCAAUUAAGUACAAUUUGGAAGAACUCUACCAGGCUGUAGAAAAUCUCUGUUCCUACAAGAUUUCUGCCAACUUGUAUAAGCAGCUGAGACAGAUUUGUGAAGAUCACAUCAAAGCACAGAUUCAUCAAUUCAGAGAGGAUUCCUUGGAUAGUGUUCUUUUUCUAAAGAAGAUUGAUAGAUGCUGGCAAAAUCAUUGUAGGCAAAUGAUAAUGAUCAGGAGCAUUUUUUUGUUUCUGGAUAGAACUUACGUUCUUCAGAAUUCAAUGCUACCCUCCAUUUGGGACAUGGGGUUGGAGUUAUUUAGGGCUCACAUUAUAAGUGACCAGAAAGUCCAAAAUAAAACGAUUGAUGGCAUCCUUCUCUUGAUUGAGAGGGAACGGAAUGGUGAAGCAAUUGAUAGAAGUUUACUCAGAAGCCUUUUAAGCAUGCUGUCUGAUUUGCAAAUUUAUCAAGAUUCUUUUGAGCAACGAUUUUUGGAAGAAACUAACCGGCUUUAUGCAGCUGAAGGUCAAAAAUUAAUGCAAGAACGAGAGGUUCCUGAGUAUCUUCAUCAUGUUAACAAACGCCUAGAAGAAGAAGCAGACAGACUUAUUACUUACUUAGAUCAAACCACCCAGAAGUCACUAAUUGCUACUGUAGAAAAACAACUUCUAGGUGAACACUUAACAGCAAUUCUUCAGAAAGGCUUAAAUAAUCUCCUUGAUGAAAACCGAAUUCAAGAUUUGUCUCUCCUGUAUCAGCUCUUCAGCAGAGUUCGAGGAGGAGUUCAGGUUCUCUUGCAACAGUGGAUUGAAUACAUCAAGGCUUUUGGGAGCACUAUUGUUAUUAAUCCUGAAAAAGAUAAAACGAUGGUCCAAGAAUUGCUGGAUUUUAAAGAUAAGGUUGACCAUAUAAUUGAUAUCUGCUUUCUGAAGAAUGAAAAAUUUAUCAAUGCCAUGAAAGAAGCAUUUGAAACAUUCAUUAAUAAAAGGCCAAAUAAACCAGCUGAACUUAUAGCUAAGUAUGUAGAUUCAAAGCUUCGUGCAGGCAACAAAGAAGCUACAGAUGAAGAGCUUGAGAAAAUGUUAGAUAAAAUUAUGAUCAUAUUUAGAUUUAUCUAUGGCAAAGAUGUUUUUGAGGCCUUCUAUAAGAAGGAUCUGGCCAAACGCCUGUUAGUUGGGAAGAGUGCAUCUGUAGAUGCUGAAAAGUCAAUGCUGUCCAAACUCAAACAUGAGUGUGGAGCUGCUUUCACCAGCAAACUUGAAGGAAUGUUUAAAGACAUGGAGCUUUCUAAAGACAUCAUGAUUCAGUUCAAACAGGUAAAAUAUAUGCAGAAUCAGAAUGUACCUGGGAAUAUUGAAUUAACUGUGAAUAUCCUGACAAUGGGUUACUGGCCAACCUAUGUGCCUAUGGAAGUCCAUUUGCCACCAGAGAUGGUAAAACUUCAGGAAAUUUUCAAGACAUUUUACCUAGGCAAACAUAGUGGCAGGAAGCUCCAGUGGCAGUCGACCCUAGGACACUGUGUGCUCAAAGCAGAAUUUAAAGAGGGUAAAAAAGAACUCCAAGUCUCACUUUUUCAAACACUGGUGCUGCUAAUGUUUAAUGAAGGAGAGGAGUUCAGUUUAGAAGAGAUCAAGCAAGCUACUGGAAUAGAGGAUGGAGAAUUAAGGAGAACACUGCAAUCAUUAGCCUGUGGCAAAGCUAGAGUUCUUGCAAAAAACCCAAAAGGCAAAGAUAUUGAAGAUGGUGACAAAUUUAUUUGUAACGAUGAUUUCAAACACAAACUUUUCAGGAUAAAGAUCAAUCAAAUCCAGAUGAAAGAAACGGUUGAAGAGCAAGCCAGCACUACGGAAAGAGUAUUUCAAGAUAGACAGUAUCAAAUUGAUGCUGCAAUUGUUCGAAUUAUGAAGAUGAGAAAGACACUUAGCCACAAUCUUCUUGUUUCAGAAGUAUACAACCAGCUAAAAUUUCCAGUAAAGCCUGCUGACCUUAAGAAGAGAAUAGAAUCCUUAAUUGACCGGGACUACAUGGAAAGAGAUAAAGAAAAUCCAAACCAGUACAACUAUAUUGCAUAGAAAGUUGGCCUUGGAGCAUUUGUUGUCAUAUGCAGUAGCCAGUGGAUAAACUAACUUGUUGAUCCUAUAUUAUUUGACUUCUUUUAUACUUCCGAUGACCAAAUGAAGCAGUGUAAUGGAAAUAGUUGAGUGGACUUUUCUCAAUGGUUAACAUGCCCAUUUUAAAGAGUAAUACUUUAAGAAGAAUGUUGUUGAACUCUUUGCAUGUUAUUUAGUAUGAUGUGCAGAACAUUUUUUAAGAAAGUACUCGGUCUUCAUGAUUCCUUUUUGGAACUGGGGAAGAGAUCCCUAUGGCUAUUAAACGGGCGGGGGGGAUUCUUAUACACCAUUAAUGAAGCAAAAGGUUUAUUUGCUUAAAAGUCAUUUAAAAAUACUUAAACUGCAUGCAAACUUUAUUUACUGUACAGAGUUCUGGAUGUAUUUAUCAUAGAAAAACCACCCUGGACUUGGUUGUUCACCUGUCUCAUGGUUUCCCUUGGAAAGAAACAUAUGUUGUCAUAGGUAUUGAUAUUUUACUUGAUAACAUUCUGUUACACUGAAAGGGAUAUUUAAAAAAAAAUCUUUGGAAACAAGUUUUCAAGAAGGGCGACAGUUACUUACAUAAUACCUUGUAUAUUCACAUCCUAAAAUUUUCCUCUUGUAAGUAUGGGAUGUGCAUAUAUGGAUUAGCACCAAGUUUGCUGUGCUGAUUAACAGGUACUUAUAAAAAAUAACUAGAAGCAAAAAUUGCUAUCCUAGAUGAACAUAAAGAGGAAGGAAAAAAACCAACUAUUUCUUUAUAUGAAAAAUGAAUACAAAAUGAAAACAUGAGAGACCAAAAUUAUGUUUUGUAAAUUAUUACAUGAGCAAAAAUUUACCAAUUAGUUUUCAACAUGCUUUAGUCUUUAAAUAUUGUUUGGACAGUUUGUCUAACUUGGACCAAUCAUAGAAUGUUACAAGCUUCCUAGGAUUCGCAUUCCAGUUUCCUCUAUAUUUUUUUUUCUUGGAAGCAUCCCAGUUUUUGUCUAUGUGAAAUAAGGAGCUAUCAUCCUUAUUCUAACUUCCAGAAACCCUACAUCUAAAGAUUUUUCUCUCAUUUCUCUUACUCUGUAUUUGAAAAUUUCAAGUUGCUUGAAUUUAAGAGUUCUCAUAGCCACUGGACACCUGCUUUUGAGGAUAAUGUCCCCAAAUUGUUCAUAAGUGUUGUUAUUCAGCUUGCAAAUGUGAGUUAAAGGCUUCUCUUUUAUCAUCAGCAGGGUUUUGCUUUUUCUCCAGGUUUUUGUUUUUUUUUUUUUUUUCCAUGAAGGGAAUUGAUCAUGGAAGAGAAGUAGACACUUUGGUGUGGUGUGUUUUUUUUUUUUUUAAUUAGAAUUUAAUGCUUUUUACAACUGCAUAUGUCCUUACCUCUUUGGAGCCAUUAGGGAGAAUUCCUGGGUUCAAACCUUUAGCUUAGGAGACUUGGGACUCUUGUGUCUACUGUUGAUUAUUUUCUUGAGUUCUCAAAGACCUGUGGUCAGCUGUUAUUUUUUUUUUUAAGUUGCCUGUUUCUCUCUAAUUGCAUCCACUUGCACACUGUUAUCUAACUAUAUGUAGUAUUUAGAAUCCAGCCUAAUUCUUUUUUGAGCAGCCAGUGCGUAUAUUUCUUUGGCUCCUCCCUGGUUUCCCUACAGGAGCUCAUCUGACAAGGAAAUGUGGUUCCUUUGUUUACCAGACCUUCUAUAUCAGUGUUCUAACUCAGCCCUGAUGGCCUCUGGGCUAUCAGCCUAUUACACCACUCACGAGUUGCUCUUCAUUUUUACAUAGAGUUGUUCCUACUAAAAGGCUCUUGAUACCACCUUCAUUGUCUUGAAAAGCGGGUCCAUUUCCCUUAAUUCUUUAGAAACUUGAUGCUUAUUUCAGCUGAAAAAUUUGCAAGACAUAUUAAGGGAAGCUCUUUGUAAGAAAUUGAAAAGUAAUUGCAAACAACAUUUGAUAAUUGUGAGUUUCAUUUGUUUCUGUAACAGUUGAAUUUUGUGUUCUUUUCCCUGUGUAUGUGGUGGUUCUAUUUUUCUCCAAUAAAACUUUUAUUUAAAAAAAAGACUUCUGGGGAAGAUCUUUAAAAUCCAAAUAUUGCGAGAAAGUUAAAAAAAAAAAACAGGAUUUAACUAAAAUCUUUGUAAUGAUUUCCUUAAUUCUUUAUUUCACUUUUGACAAUUCACAUUUGUGUAUUUUUAUAAUUUCUCUUUUUUUGUCAUAGUUUUGAGGAUAACUGUGAGGGGGAGGGAAUAGUUAAAAGGUUAAAUUUCCUAAAAUACUCAAGGUAGGUGAUUAUUCUUAAAUGUUAUCUUAGAAAAGUCAAUUACAAGUAUAAACGUUGUUUCUUUUAAGUCCUCGGGUCAAAUGGUUUCAUGAUGUCAAGAUGGAACUAGUCUGUAUUUAAACUGAGAGGACAAAUAAAAAAUAUAUGCUUUUUUA